UGCCUUGCCGUUCCCCUGACUAGCGCUACGAAGUUCCGGCUCAGGUCUCCUACCUCGAGCUGUACGGCGAGCGGUAGCAUCGGAGUCGAGUGGAGCUGGUCAGGUGAGAGCCUCGCAGACGCCGUCUCACACGCGAGCCCGGCGGAAGCUGGCCCGCGGUUGGCGAGGACCGGGCCUGCUGAGGGCAAGGAGAGCGCGACCCGAGGCUCAGUCCCUCCCCCUUGUCCGCAGGAUGAUCACGGACGUGCAGCUGGCCAUCUUCGCCAACAUGCUGGGCGUGUCGCUUUUCUUGCUUGUGGUUCUCUAUCACUGUGCAGUCAACAAUCCCAAGAAGCAGGAAUGAAAGUAGCGCUUUCCUUCCUCGCCCCAGGUAACGGUCCGUGGCAGUAGCGCCCAGGCCCCAGAGAGCUGAGUGGUGAGGCCGCGCCAGGGCCUGCAGACUUAGGAACUUGAAGUCAGAACGAGUCUAGCCAAGCUUAGUCCCAGAACCGGGCCCCUUUGUUUUGCACUCUGUACACUGCCUUGAAACACUGCUUCUUUCCCCUAAACGGCUUCCUACUACAAUGAGGUGGGUUUCCGGAUCCUACUCAGGCUCCAGUUUUGAGGUUCCCAGUAGAUAGAGUGGCAGGUUAGAAGGAGUCGUUGACACCAAUACAAACAAAGGCGCCGUAACUGUGCCACCCAAGUGUGGGAUAACGGUCCCAAGCCUCA